CAGAAAGUCGCGCUCGUCGAGAGUUUUUUUCAUGGUUUGAAAGACUAGAUUCCCAGCAGCCGUACAGCUCCAGCUCUCGAUAUAUCCUUAUCCACAAGAAGGACUCCAGGUAAUGCAAGAGUCUGACUUGCUGGAUAACGACCCAAUGGCCGUAAAUUGCCUGGCGCUCCUUACAGGGUCAGCGAACCCGAAUGAUUGAUGUGUUUGAACGUUGCUUGAUUGUUUGUUCCCGUCUAGCAGUUGCAUUGUACGGAAUAAUAUAUAAAGGUCUUGUCUCUUGACUAGUCAUAAAGUGGUACCCGCCAUGGGCCCUCGAUCACAGCGUACUAGUGGCUAUGCUUCAUGGUGUACUUUAUAUUGGGAGUCCCUAAGCUAUUCGUUUAGUAUAUGGUCAAUAUGCAUUCCGUACCUUAUGGGGUUGGUAUGAGUGCAAGAAUUUGCGUGGAGUAUAUAGGGCACGGAAGAAGAAGAUUCAUUGUUUUCUGAGUGGCCUCAUUAGGAUAGGCCCUCAAUCUGGCGGUAUAUCUAAUGACCUUGCUUUGUCACCUCAUGCGUCAUGAGAGCUCGAUAGCCCUGACCAAUCUCCCUACCGUUCCAGGGUCUCCAUAGACCAAAACUCCGUUCUGCAACUUGUUGGACUCAUUAAUGACGGACGUUGUUGACGUGAAUUUUCAGGCCGUUGACUUUGUUAUAGGCCAUUCCUUUGAAGGACCGCUCUGACUAGGCUAUAAUAACGCUCGCUCCCCGUAGGACACUUCAUAAGGAGUCUAGGAAGUUUCUUCUCUAACAUAACUCCAUCGUGCCUGAUUAUCACUGUAGUCUCGCCCAUCUAACCAGUGGUAUAUUUCAAUAGGCUGAUGGGGUAUCUGCCGACAAUGGCUGAUCAUCUUCUGAACCACCAAUUGCGCUAGGCGAGAAACAAGAUCAUUCAGGGUAUAUUCAUGUAAUGUUCCAGUAGGGAAGAUCAAGAUCUCGACACUGAGUAGAAAAAGUCGAUAUUGAAAAGUCGAUGAAGUCGAAGAGAAGAAGUUGAUAUAGAGUGUGACACGUGACCGUGGUAGGAAAAAGCGACGAGACGACGCGAAGUUGAAUAUCGAGAAGAAGAAGACAGCGAUAUUUAAAGACAAGGAAAAGGAGAGGAAAGGAAGAGAAGUUAUAGAGAUAGAGAGAUAUCAGAGACAAAGAGGAAAGAGAUGAGAUAGCAUGUCUUACUACGACGUCGACGCUAUCCUGACGGACUCGCAGAAAGUCCCGUGUACGUUCGAGCUGGAUGUUCCCAAACUGGGGUUCCUCGAUGGCAACGCCGGCGGAGAUAUAAAAACCGGCUCCAAGGUCGAGCUGCCUCUCUGGCUAGGCGAGAUGCUUGCUGUCGGAGCGCGCCAGGGCUUAUCACCCCUGGUAACGCUAGACCUGCCCAAAGCGCUGUCAGAGCAGGUCAUGAACGCCCUCAAGGCCGAUCCCAGGACGGUAGACCUGCGGGCUCUAGCGCCCCAUUUCUACCGGCUGGGUUGUAGGAUACUGCAGCUCUUCGAGGAGGAGGAGAUGGUCGACGUGCUCUCCCACACAUUCAAGACGAGGGCGAUGCAGAUAUCGGAUCAUGCACACAAUCCCGCUGGACCGAUGUCAGGCCAGGAGUUUCUUCGUGGCCUCGACGAGACUGAGCGUCAGCUCUUCCGGGCCGCCCAUGAGAGCAUCAAGAGCAUGAGAGCCUGGACGGGAGAAGCAAAGAAGAAAUGA